CUGAUGGCCAUGAACGACAACUCGACGUAUCUUGUUGAUGCGACCUUGUAUCUGGAAAAUCCUUUCGUUGGAAGUCUCUGGCCAUUACGGAAACAUUGAUAUUACAAGGAUCGCGUACGAUCACGUCAAAGGUGCUUUUGGAUCGUGUAGUAUCCUCAAAUCCUCCGCAAAUAUCCCUAUGCUGAUCCCGCUCUCCUGAAUCAAGUUUGCGUCCUGUUCCUCCAUGCCAGCUCCCGCGACAAGUCGAUCCGAUUAUGGCAAAUGAGACCCACCACUAGUGGCCAACUUCUUUUGUUUGAACGACUAGCCAAAGGAAAUUGGACGAACAUUGGAUACAUCAGAAAGUCUCCCGGUCAAGAGCCUGUCGAAACACGAAAGAGAUUGAUUGAAGCAAUGGCAGAUCGACUGAAAAAACAAUGUCUUUGCAAAAAAACCUUUGUGUCCGACGGUACCAGAUCAAGCGAUCCAAUCUUGUCGCGUGAUGUCGGCAGCACACGUAGUCAUUGCAAUGGGAAUACGCAAGACAUGUUUGCAUACAUCUCAUCAGCCACAAAAAACGUUCGAUUGUGUGUGAUCGACUACGCUGGUAUCUCAACCAAUCCUGAAGAUAUCAAGAAGACGAUGCGACUCGUCAGGAAUAUCAAGGAGCUGGAAAUUUUGCACAAAUCGAACGUUGAAGCCAUAAAUCGCCAUGAACUGAAAACCGACAAGACAUUAAUCAAGUUCCAAUGUCGCACUGGACCCGUCCAUAGGUCAAAAUGAAAAAAUAUAUAUUCCUUUUUUAUUGUAUUAUUUUAUCAAAUAAACCUACGUUACUGAUUUUACUGACUUUGUUGAUAAAUGAUUAUACCUGAUGCUGAUUUACAAUAAAGCAAAAAGACUUUUCAUUAUAAUAAAUAAAAUAAAAAAAGAAGCAAAGUUCUUUCAUCAACAUAUGCAAAAAAAAGCUACUAUUAAGCUCCUUUUGCCUGUAAAUUUUUCUUCCACGAUGCCUCUGAACAAUUACUGCAAUGCAAAAACUUGAUAUUCCAUUUGAAGAGUGAAAGAUGCCAGCUCUGAAAAAUCAUCCACGACAAUAAUCAUGGAUUUAAAUAAUAAUAAUAGUAAUAAUAAUAAUUGGAAGGCAGUAUGACAAUGUAUC